AGCCCUGUUCGCGAACUGAUGCUGACAGCCGCGCGAUCGAUGCAAAGGUUACAUUUUAUCCUAGCAUGCUACUUCAAGACGAAAACGCGCUGCAUAGAAAGCUUGACAAAAUAUGUUUACAAAAAUGUGCAAAAUUAGGUUGACUGUCGUGGCAAUGUAACAGGUGCUCUUUGUGGAUGCAAAUUUGGAUAUUCGGAUUUGCACGGACGCCCGUGUGUCAGUUUGCUCUUUCACUAGUAAAGUGGCUUCAUGAGUGUCCAAAGUAACAGUGGAAGUGGUGGUGGAAGUUUGGAGGCGACGCCAUCUUGGUCACAGCUAUCCUCGUCCCCAACGAUUUCUCAACAACACAUAACGUCGACCGCCAAGACCAAGGAAGGCCCCAUGGAGGAGCUCCACAGCCUGGACCCUCGCAGGCAGGAGCUUCUGGAGGCCAGAUUCAUGGGCGCGGUCAGCGGCAACACCGUAGGAAGCACCGGCAGUGCCAGCGGGGGUGCCAAGGGUCUGGCCAAUGAGUGCUCCAAUCACAGCUAUGGCAGUCUGGGCUCCUCCAGCGACAAGGAGUCAGAGAACUCUGAUAUGAAGAGAGGGAGUUCUCCUGCAUACUCUACCCCUGAAAAGAAACACUCUGAGUCGUCCCGAGGAAGGAAGAGGAAAGCUGACACCCAAUCGGAGAGCAGCCAAGGGAAGACUUCCACACGGGGGCCCAAGAUCAGUGACUACUUCGACUUCCAGGGGGGAAAUGGCUCCAGUCCAGUGAGGGCUCUACCACAGGUCCUCCGCUCACCACAGAAUUCUCACCAUGGUGCUCUCUCUACACCAGGAUCCAUCGUCAGACAGAACAGUUCCUCCCCUACGAGUCUGUGUUUUGGAGAACACCUGAUGAACCACAAAGCCUCCUCCAGCAAGUGUGUGCAGACGGAGUUGACAGCUCUGAAACUUGCUGCUCUGGAGAGCAACAAGAGUCUGGACCUGGAGAAGAAAGAGGGGCGCAUCGACGACCUGCUCAGGGCGAACUGUGACUUGAGGCGGCAGAUAGAUGAACAGCAGAAACUACUGGAGAAAUACAAGGAAAGGCUGAACAAAUGCAUCACCAUGAGCAAGAAACUCCUCAUAGAGAAGAGCACCCAGGAGAAACAGUCGUGCCGAGAGAAGAGCAUGCAGGACCGUCUGAGACUGGGUCACUUCACCACUGUACGACACGGAGCCUCCUACACUGAGCAGUGGACCGACGGAUACGCAUUCCAGAACCUCGUCAAGCAGCAGGAAGGCGUCAACCAGCAGAGAGAGGAGAUCGAGCGACAGAGGAAACUGCUGGCCAAGAGGAAGCCCCCCUCCUCCCCUUCCCUCUCCCUGGCAACCACCUCUGAACCCAAACAACGCAAGACCAAGGUUGUCAAUGGCAAUGACCCCGACCCCUUCCUCAAACCCUCUCUGCCCCAGAUGUUGACCCUGGCUGAGUAUCAUGAGCAGGAGGAGAUCUUCAAGCUUCGUCUGGGACACCUUAAGAAAGAGGAGGCAGAGAUCCAGGCAGAGUUGGAGCGAUUAGAGAGGGUGAGGAACCUCCACAUCAGAGAGCUGAAGCGGAUCAACAACGAGGAUAGCUCAUCGUUUAAAGACCACCCCACUCUCAAUGAGAGGUACUUGCUGUUGCAUCUGUUGGGCAGAGGAGGCUUCAGUGAAGUAUAUAAGGCUUUUGACCUGUUUGAGCAGCGCUAUGCAGCUGUUAAAAUCCACCAACUGAACAAGAACUGGAGGGAGGAGAAGAAGGAGAACUACCACAAGCAUGCCUGUAGAGAGUACCGGAUACACAAACAGCUGGACCAUCCCAGAAUAGUCAAACUUUAUGACUACUUUUCCCUGGAUACCGACACGUUCUGUACCGUUCUGGAGUUCUGUGAGGGGAACGACCUGGACUUCUAUCUGAAACAGAAUAAACUGAUGUCUGAGAAGGAGGCGCGGUCUAUCGUCAUGCAGAUAGUCAAUGCCCUGCGAUACCUCAACGAGAUCAAGCCCCCUAUCAUACACUACGACCUCAAACCAGGUAACAUCUUGCUGGUGGAUGGGACUGCAUGUGGAGAGAUAAAGAUCACAGACUUUGGAUUGUCCAAGAUCAUGGAUGAUGACAACUAUGGAGUGGACGGCAUGGACCUUACCUCACAAGGAGCUGGCACAUACUGGUACCUUCCCCCAGAGUGUUUUGUGGUGGGCAAGGAGCCUCCUAAGAUCUCUAACAAGGUGGACGUCUGGUCGGUUGGGGUAAUUUUUUUCCAAUGCCUCUAUGGACGGAAGCCAUUUGGCCACAACCAGUCUCAGCAGGACAUCCUUCAGGAAAACACCAUCCUCAAAGCCACCGAGGUCCAAUUCCCUGCCAAGCCCCAGGCCAGCACCGAAGCCAAGGCGUUUAUCCGGCGCUGUUUGGCCUACCAUAAGGAGGAUCGUUUCGAUGUUCACCAGCUGGGCACUGACACAUACCUUCUCCCUCACAUGAGACGCUCCAACUCCUCCGGCUCCCUUCAGCCCGCCUCCACUUCAAUCUCCUCUUACUGACUGGCUGACGGACAUGAAUGACAGGUCCAACGGCUAAUGCUGGAGCAGAAUUUAUCCUAAUAUGGGAAAUGAGGUGGCAUUGGGUAUUUGGAAUCCCCUGGCUGCUUGUGAAAGGAUCGGGGAUGUGAAUUUGUUUGGCUGAAUAUGUUGAAAUGGACUGGAUGACAGAGGGAAAGAGACGGGCAGACGGCGUGAGGUAUAGACACUGCACAUGGCCAAGUAGCUUUGCAGAAACGUUGCACUGUGUUGUGAUCUUGAACAGAAGUGUGGUUUUGAGAGUGACCGAUGUGGAGAGAUGGAGAAAGAGAGAGGAAUCGACCCAUUGUGCAUGCCAUUGGACAGGCUGUGUCGGUUGCCAUGGGGACUUGAUGGAGGACGGCUAGUCCACACGCCUUGCUUGUGCUGGACUGGGCUCUUACUGGUGAAGAAGGAAACCCUAAACAAAAAAAGCAACAAGUGUUGUUUUGUUGUUUAUCAGAAUCCCUUCCAGCAUCAUUUAAACAGCCUCUCUGCAAGGGACAGAAGCCCAUUCCCAAAUAGACCACUAGACUGUACUAUAGAAAGCACCUCAUGUAGCUCUGAAGGGAUUACAUAUGUUUUACCAAAUAUGUCCACCAGGUCUUCUGAUGGAAUGGCUAGGUGGAAUGUUCUGUGUUCCUUACACCUGUGCAGUCCAUUCAGUUAUACAAGUAUGUUGGUGCUAGAGGUCAAUCUGGGAAGGGCCUUGAAUCUCCAGAGCAGAGAAAUAGACCAGUGACCCACGUCAGCCCUAUCCUAAAUUGCACUUAGAAUCAAAAUGAUUUGGUUUCAUGGACACAUCCUCUUAAAAUAGUUGUGACAUACGCUAACUAAAGCUAUGCUUUAAUGUCAGACAAUUGUCAUCGAUGUUCAUGAAAUCACAUUUUUAGAUAUUGAAUCAAUAAUUAUACCACCUGGAUUAAUACAAUCUGGGUGUGUAAAAGAAGUUGGUCUUAGGCUGUUCAGAUCCACCAUGGAUCCAUAGAUGUGGUGAAGAGGUCAAUGGAACUCCAUCAAAACGAUAGAAAUGCUAGGGAAACACGUGGGGGAAAGAAAUAGUUUGUAUGUGUAUUUUACAUUGUGUAAAAUCGUUAUGAUGCUUGUAUGGAUGUCAGCCCAGUAUGGGUUGGGGACUUUGCAUUUAGCAGUCAUUUCUAAACCUGAAAAGGGAAUGCUUCUAAAUGUUAUGCAACCAAAUGUAUCCAAAUUGGACUUGAGUCUGUUACGAUAAAUCAUGACGGAUUCCAUGGAUAUCCGCAUGGUUACAUCAGAAUAUUUGACUGUGCCUUUCCCCCACUGUUUGGGUUCCAUCAACCUCUAUCGCAUCUACCCUGUACAAGGUGCUGAGUGCAAGACUUAUUCAGGCAAUGAAGUCUCUUUGUCAGAAUACAAUGUAAUCUUAUGAGGAUCAACUGUAUCAUAAAACUUAAGGUUUCAAUACAGGAAUCGUUUGGAGAAAUUCAAUGUACAUUUAAUGUGUAGGUGUGACAUAUCUGCUAUCUCAGAGUCUGUACAGAGGGUCAGCACACUCAGGAUUUACUGAAAUCUCACCAGUGCUCUGUUUGCACCUGUUGUUUUCUCGAUUUAAAUGAAAGAAAAUGCUUCGAAACUCUAUUUUGUUACGUGACCUCACCCCACUUUUCAUGUUGCUUUGAGUAGUUACUGUUCUAAUUGGUUUAACUUGCGUUUGCCCUUAGUGUCCUGUGUAGGGAAAUAACCGGUGCAAACCUUGAGCACAUGCAAUGGUUUAGUGAGUCCAAUCCUUGGUUCCUCAUUAUCGCGUUGUUCAUUUGUGCUCUGAAAGGCAUUUUUAUUUUGCUGCUAUAUAGAUGUCGCUUUUAGUUAGUGGAAAUCUGUAUGAUCUGCCUCAGGUACAGAUAUUGCAGACCUGUGGGAAGAGGAACAUUAUUUAGGAUCCUGAAGUGUAUAAUUUACUCUUUAGGGGCCCUAUGAAGUGUUCACUCUCUGUGGUGAAAAUAAUAGUGCUUCUGUAUGCCAGGAGACCCAAUAACUUCAAACUGUUUUACCACAGCAAUGUUCAUUAGUUGUCUGGAAACCAUGUGUUAUAUAUAAAGUUAUAUAAAACUGUUCAUAUGAAGGAAAAGCCCAGUUUGAGGCUCUGUUCAGUAACACUUUACAGUCAUAAGGCCUGCAUAAUACUAUAGUAACAGCUGUCAUAGGGAGAUCUUACAACUUGUGUAUGGCAUUGUCAUUGAUUGUGUGUUAAGGUAACUGUCCAGUAAAAACCUCACUUGUGUGAAUUCUGUUAACUUAUACCUAAAUAAUGUUGACUCAUUCUAUAAACAUUAUCAAAGCAAAAAAUAGAGAAAACAAUACAUCUCUGUUUCAAACAUGCUUGUUGUCAUUUGAAUUUCCCUGAGAUAAAUGUCUAGGCCAAUCA